AUGGCUAACGACCGCAGCGUCUACUCGUCCGGCCAGUUUAUGAACCCAGGACCGGCCCCGAGACCUCCCACCGACAACAGACCCAGACUCGCCCUCACCCCCAAUGCCAACCUCCCCGGUAGCAUGGCCAACAUGGCCAUCUCCCCCAUCCGGAGCACCACCACUUCGACCUACACCGGGUCUACCAUUUCUCUGCCCAUCGCACGUCAAAACUCGAGCCAGACCGAUGGCAUGGGCGGCGUCGCCAUCAGGAAGGAGGGUUGGGCGCAAGUAAAAGAAAGCAAGAACUUUAUCAACCCCUGGAAACAGAGGCUACUUGUCCUCCGCAAAGAGUCGCUCGACUUCCACAAGACGGAGGGCGGCAAGGUCGCCUACACACUAUACCUCAAAGAUGUCGUCAACGUCGGCCGAGUCGAGGCCGCAGGGACCAUCUUUGAGAUCAAGAGGAACCCCAACGGGUCGUCCAACAGCCCCGGCGAGGACGACGGACAAACCAAGACGCUGCAGAUCCGAGUCAAGAGCGACGAUGAUCUGUAUGAAUGGAUCGACCUCAUCUACGGCGCAUGCCCUGGUAUGGGAGGCGUCAGCAACCCCACCAACUUCUCCCACGCCGUUCACGUCGGCUUCGAUCCCCAGACUGGCGAGUUCGUCGGCCUGCCACCCGAGUGGUCGAAGCUGCUCAACUCAUCCGCCAUCACAAAGGAGGAUUACGAGCGCAACCCGCAAGCUGUCUUUGAGAUGGAAGCACACCGGCAGCGUGAGAUUGACGAGGCUAACCGUCGUGAUCUGGAAGCCUACAACGCAGCCAUCCCCAAGACCAAGGUCCCGAUGGCCCAGCAAGAGCUCGGCGGCUACGGAGGUGGUGGCUCUUCCUCCCCGUCUCCGGCGGAUCGGUACAACCCUUCCAGAGCCGCACCGCCGGCGCCGAAAGCCAGCAACCAGCAGGUCGGCAGCCUGCGUGCACAGCGUCCCGCCCCCUCUCCCCCCACGGCCGGCUCCACACGGCCGCCCCUCAGCUCGCAGCAGAGCUCCAGCUCUCUGCGAGAUCCCAACCAGGCCCAACGAGCGCCGCCGCGGCCUGACCCGAACCAACAGCGUUACCCGAACGGCAGCUCAGCCUCGCAGCCCCGGCAGAACGGCCCCAGCCAGGCCCAGGCUCCGUCACGCCUCCCCGCGCCUGUGAAGCCCUUGAACGUCAACAAGGCUCCAGCGCCCCAGCCGUCGGACGGCGUCAAGGCUGCCGAGGCGGCCUUGUCUGCAAAGCCCCCGGCAUCCGAGCGCAAGCAGGACGUGCGCAUGUCCACCAUGUCCGAGGGUGAGGUGAUGGCCAAGCUCAAAGAGGCUGUUUCUAAGGAUGACCCCAACCUGUCGUACUCGAAGCAGAAGAAGAUUGGCCAGGGUGCCUCAGGAUCCGUCUAUGUCGCCAAGGUCAAGGAGACGGCCCAAUCGCCUAUUGCCCGUGAACUUUUGCGGUCGCAAGGUCUCAAGGCCCAAGUCGCCAUUAAGCAAAUGGACCUCGCACACCAGCCGAGGAAGGAGCUCAUUGUCAACGAGAUUAUGGUCAUGAAGGACAGCCGACACCGCAACAUUGUCAACUUCCUGGACGCGUUUCUACGCAACAACAAUUCGGAGCUCGAGGAGCAGAUUUCGACCAUCUGCCUUGAGACGUGCCGUGGCCUUCAGCACCUUCACUCGCAGAACAUUAUUCACCGUGAUAUCAAGAGUGACAACGUGCUUUUGGACGCCCGUGGUAACGUGAAGAUUACCGACUUUGGCUUCUGCGCCAAGCUCACAGAAAGCAAGUCGAAGCGUGCGACCAUGGUCGGCACGCCGUACUGGAUGGCACCUGAGGUGGUCAAGCAGAAGGAGUACGGCCCCAAGGUGGAUAUCUGGUCGCUAGGCAUCAUGGCCAUCGAGAUGAUCGAGUCGGAGCCGCCGUACCUCAACGAAGAGCCCGCUCAAGGCGCUGUAUCUCAUCGCGACGAACGGUACGCCGCGUCUCAAGAAGCCGGAGAAGCUGAGCAAGGAGCUCAAGGCCUUCCUGUCGGAGGAGCAGAGGAGAGAGAGAGGGAGACAAGGACAAGGACAAGGACAAGAAGCGCUGAGAAGCAGAGAAAGGGGUUUUCGCCGACGUCACGGCGACGGGUAAUCGGUAGAAACGGCAAGGCGCCAAGCCCGAACACGGCGCGUGGUUUUAUGCCGAACAGCGACGGGACAACGGACAGGACGGACGACGACCGGGGUCGCGGCGGCUAUGGUGGCGGUCACGGUCGUGGUCGUGGUCGUGGUUAUGGUCCCGGUCUGUGGUCUGUGGUCUGCGCGGACGAGUGUGCAUAA